AUGGAUCUCUUGAAAGGCGCAAAGCCCGCCUUGUUGCCAAGGGAUUUCAUCAGCAAAAAGCUUGACAUACAUAAUGCAUUUCUACAUGGUGAACUGGAGGAGGCCAUCUACAUGAGACAACCCCCGGGCUUUGUCAAUCCUGAUUUUCCCACUCGUGUGUAUUCUACACUUAUUUCUAAUUUUAUUGCUGCACUUGGUACUGCUUUUCCAGUCAAGGAUUUGGGUAAACUUUAUUACUUCUUGGGUAUUGAAGUUUGCCGAAAUCAACAAGGUUGUCCGGAUGAAAAGAAGUCCACGAGAGGUUUUUGUGUCUAUUAUGGUUCACAUCUUGUAUCAUGGGGAUCCAAAAAGUUGUUGGGAGCUGUUGCUUUCCAAAACAGAAGGCCAGCUAUCCCUCAGAAUGUCUCCCCAGUCUUGGCUUCCCUAAUUGAAUUCAGCUGGGCUGAUGAUUCUGUUCAGCGCCCAUCUUUUGCUAGUAUAGUUCAAUCCCUGAAGAAGUUGCUUAAGUCUCCAGUGCAGUUAAUACAGAUGGGUGGGAACGUAACCUAG